AGACAGCAGAAGACCAUGAAGAGCUCAUGGAAAAUAAUGCUCCUGCUGGUAUGCAUUUGCCUGGCAGUGCAGUACACAGCCAUCCGCUCCAUCCACGAUUGUGUCCCUGGACCAUAUCACUUCUCCAGUCUAUGGCAGCAAUGCUCCAGGAAAAGUAAGUCAUGGCACUUUCAGAGCUAUAAUCACAGCAACAACUCUGUAUCCAGUAACAUUACCAUUGUCCCUGCUCGAAAGCACAUCCUUCUUUUUACCCAAACCCGCAGUGGCUCCUCCUUUGCUGGUCAGCUGUUUAACCAACACCCAGAUAUCUUUUAUAUGUUUGAGCCGCUUUACCAUGUCCAGCAAACCCUCUACAACUACAGUAAUCAUCUUGGUAAGCCCUUUAAUAGAGUUGUGCAAGUGGUCAACAGGGACCUCCUUUUCAACCUGUAUACCUGUGAUCUUCAUUUCCUGGAGGGCUACAUCCACCCAGAGCCUAAAAAUCACCUGACAGUUUCUCUUUUCCGUCAGAGCUCCAGUCAGGCUCUCUGCACACCACCCGUCUGCCAAAAUAGUAAAAAGGAGAUUAUGAAAGCACAGCCAGAUGAGGGCUGGUGUCAAAUAAAUUGUCGAAACCUAAACCUCACCUUAGCUUCCAUGGCUUGCCAGUCAAGAAGCCAUGUGUCCAUCAAGACAGUGCGGAUCCCUCUGAUCAGUCACCUUCGGCUUCUAACUGAAGACCCAAGAUUGGACCUGAGGAUUGUUCACCUGGUUAGAGACCCCAGAGCAAUCUUGGCAUCACGCAUAACUACAUUCCCUGCUGAGUUCUCUGCCUGGAAGAUCUGGAAUGCAACAGGCAAGCAGCCACCUUCUAUGGACUUAACAGUUAUCACGAAAACAUGCCAAGACAUGGAGGACUCUGUGAAUACUGGUCUGAAGAAGCCAGCCUGGCUGCAUGGACGGUAUUUACUAGUGCGCUAUGAGGAUCUAGCACUUAAUCCUGAAGCCAAAGCCAAGGAGAUCUACAGAUUCCUAGAUGUGUACAUAGGUGGUAAAGUUCUUAAAUGGAUCUCUCAAAACACCAACGACACUUCCACCACUAAGGCAAAGUACUCCACCAAGAGAGACUCCAAAACUGCAUCAGAGAACUGGAGACUCAGUCUGAACUUUGACAUUGUUGAGACAAUGCAGAAACUGUGUAAGAAUACUUUGGACUUAUUGGGCUACAAAAUAGUACAGUCUCAGGUGGAGCUGAAGAACAUAAGCAAUAGUUUAGUGGAACCAAAAACUUUUAAUUAGUUAGUGAAGAAAAAUGUGAAGGCAAAGGUCAUUUUUUCCAACUGUCAUGUUAAAAGUGCAUAGUGAUUAAGCCUCAAUAACCAGUCUUUAAAUGUGAUUUAAACCCAUUGGUGAAGGAUUUACUGUUACAUAUAUGGACUCCUUAAUGAAUGUACAAAUUACCCUUUAAUUUCCCAUCUUUUCCUGUAAUAAUCAAUGCAUUAAAUUAGACAUAUAAUGUCUAAUAUAUAAUAAGUAAAAGAACAAAUCUCUAUAUUUGCUGCAUAUUUAACUUCACAGCUACUAUGGCUGUUCUGCUAAACACAGUGAUAAUAAUGUAAACUGGCAUGCAGUGAGUCUUGUUUUAUAUAGGUUUCUGUAAACUAUUUGUGAAGGUUAAGUCUGGGCUCCUCGUAACUUUGACACAUUACUGUUGUAAGAGGGAACACAAAACAUGGUAAAUAAACACUCAGAACAAAAUUAUGGUUAGCAAAACUGCAAAUAUAUGGUAUCAAAUGGUUGCAAUACGUGAACCAAAAUAAGGUGACUAAAUGAGCAGGCACAAACGGGGUGAUGUUCUGAUCAGGAUUGUGUGCAAGACUGCUCUCUGGUGGUCUAGUGAUGUCCAGGGUAGCCAUGACAGGUGAAUUGUCCAUCUAAAUGUGGGCCAGUCUCUGUUUAGACAGGGAUGAUCCACAUGUCUUCACAUCACUUCUGUGACAGAACAGUUGAUCUGUUCUUAACUGAUGAUCAAAUAGUGCUA